CAAUCAAAAUCCAGAGUGGAAUAUAAAAGGAAUUAAGUCCCGUCAAAGAGCGACAACCUUCCCUGGGAAUUCCUGCAAUGCUGGCCCCCAUCUUGCAAAGUCCAAUGACGAGAAUCCCUUCCCCCCCAUCCCCAUUGCGCUUCGCCAAAUCAUUCUCGCCACCUGUCAUUGCGCAGGAGAUUUCAAUGAGAGCCCCGCUUCUUCCUCAUUCGGCUGGUCUAGUACAGAGGGGCUUAAGAAACCCUUGAACCCAUGGCGCAAGGGGAGAUGAGAAGAGAGGACGAAGACAAAUUAGGCGAUCCGUCGGAUCGAACACCUCCGCGCUUUCCCCGCUGGACGCGCCACGAAAUUCUUGUGCUGAUCGAGGGCAAGCGGGUAGAGGAAUGCAAGGGCCGCCGCUCCAGGGCGACAGACAGUUGCCCAGAGUCGAAAUGGGCGGCGAUUUCGUCCUACUGCAAGCAGCACGGUGUGAGCCGCGAGCCUGUGCAGUGCCGUAAGCGAUGGACCACUCUAUGGAGGGACUAUAAGCGGAUCCGCGAUUGGGAUUCCCAACACCCAGACCGCGUUUUUUGGUCGCUCCGCAGCGAUGCGAAAAGGGAGUUCAAGUUGCCGGCUUUUUUUGACCGGGAGCUCUACGAUGUGCUCGAGAGGUCCAUUGUUAGCAGCAGACAUGUCUUCACGAGACCGCCAUCGUCGCCGCCGCUGCCGUUGUCAGAGGCCAAGCCGGCGGCUGGUGGCGGCGUCGGAGUCGUGGGUUUGGAGAGCGGCGGAAGAUCGGCCGUGGAAGAGGAAUUUGAGCAGCCGUGCGCGCGAGGGGUGGAGGAAGGUGAGGAGGAGGAGGAGGAGGAGAUAGCUGGUAGUCCUGAAAAACGAGGUCCUGACAGCCCUUUGGCAACGCCGUCGGGUAAAAAGACUACUUCUAGUUUAAAAUCCGACAAGUUGCCAACAUCAAAUGGGGAAAAAGUGUCAACUUCUUCAGGUGCUGGUCAAAAGAGGAUGCAUGUUUCAUCCGAAGUGGACGAGGACAGGGAUUUGAAACAGCAACUGCUUUCUAUUUUGGAGAGAAAUGGCCAACUGCUGAGCGCUCAGGUUGAGGCUCAUAAUUUAAAUUGUCAACUUGAUAGGGAUCAGAGAAAUGAACAUGCGGAAAGUCUGGUAGGGGUUUUGGGGAAGCUUGCUGAUGCCUUGGGCAGAAUAGCUGACAAAUUACAAUAAUAUCUUACUGAAAUAAAAAGAAUGCAAGAAUUUCAUCAACUGGCAUGGUCAUCUCCAACUGAAGCUAAACUGGUGAUUGACUCUCUUAGAAACAGCACUAUUUGACAGUCUAAAUUUGUUUUUAUCAGAGCAGAGUAUUUGAAGAUGUAAAUAUUCCUUUACUAGAGAGUAUUUCAGUUCACAUCUCGGGUCAACUUAGUUACAGAAGCAUCCAGGGCCUGUAGCUGAACUCAAAGAGUUGACUGGUUUUAAUUGUUCCUCAGAAGAUACAACUUUCAAUCUAUACAAUUUAGGUCAGUGACUGGGUGCAGUCAUGAAUGACAGAAUAACUAUUCGUCCAGCAUUCUCUAAGUGUCAUUUCUCCAUUCAUAUGUUUCCUUAAUGAGAAACAAUAUUGGGAAAGUGGGGCCAGAUAUUCUACACAAUAACUGAAUGUUGAUAUGUGAGUUCAAUUUAUAGGGUUAUCACAAUUGGGGUUGGUAGAGUUUGUCACAAUACCAGUUGAUUAUGUUCCAGUUUGAGUUUUGGUUACACUUCAGGGCAAAAUUGUCCAAAAUCAUUAGACAUUGAAUACAACGGAAUAAAUUGGAGACUUAGCUGGAGUUCUGUGA